CUAAUGGGUCUUCUCAGCUCAGGUUCUCCCGCUGCCAGAGGUCCGGAUUCUCCUGCUAGGCUGGGUGUGCUCUAGAAAAACCUCUGCAAAAAAUAUCAUCCUGAACAAAAAGGAAAUGGUAGGCAUGAGAAGAACUGUCCGAGCUGAUGUAGAAUCUGUCGUUGCCGGAAGGAAGAUCACCGUGGUAGACACCCCUGGCUGGUGGAAGUACCUCUCUGCCCUGUUCACCCCAGACUGGGUGAAGAAUGAGCUGAGAAGAAGUGUAACGCUUGAUGGUAAAAAUCCUCACGCAAUACUCCUGGCAAUCCCUGCUGAUACCACUUUCAGAGAGGAACAGAGAAAGAUCACUGUAGACAACAUGAAGAUGUUUGGAGAGCAGGUCUGGAGACACACCAUAGUGCUGUUCACAUGUGGAGACCUGCUGGGAGAGACGACCAUCGAGGAACACAUAGAGAGCGAAGGAGAACCUUUGCGAUGGCUAGUAGAGAAAUGUGGGAACAGAUAUCAUGUCUUGGCUAAGGACCAAGAAGAGGAAAGCCCGCAAGUCACAGAGCUGCUCAAGAAGAUCGAUGAGAUGGUGGCUGGGAAAACCUUCUUCAGUCUUUGUGAAGCAACCCAAACACCUAAUGUUGAGGAGAUGACUGUAAAACCAAAUGAGACAAAUGCUGACAUGGUGAAGUUCUUGGAUCAGGAAUGGAAUAGGAUGGACAAAGAGAUGGAGGAGAAAAUCAGAAAUAUGUACAGUCAAACCUUUGAGCUGAAAGGAAAUACCAGCAUCAAUACGCCUCCUGACUUUCAUGACAGUGAACCAUCUUCUGAUGCCAGUGUGGGUGAAAGGUCAAAGUGCACCAGUCCACUGACCACACAUCAGACUACUUCAGAGAGUGAGGGUGAAGCAGGGCUCUCUGGGCAAGCUGAAGGGGAGGUCCCUCAGACAGAGAGCAGCAAGAACCCCGAAGAUCCUCUGGAGGAAAUGAGAGAGAUGCUCGAGCAAGAGUGGGGGAGGCGGGAGGUGAUGGUCAUGGAGAGGUUUAUGGGGAUCCUGUCAGAACAACAGACAUUCACAGGUCUUUCAUCUGAAGCUGAUGGUCAUGAUCGUGAACUCUCCAGAAGAAAGGUCCUCAGCUGGUUGGAUACGUCUGGAUACGGCUCUGUUGAUGAUUACAAUUAUGAAAAUGAAUAACCUGCGGAUGACUCAUUGCA